AGAGACGAUAAAAAUCUACCCGAGCUCCAACCUCAACUUUGUCAUCCCAAAUUCACCCCAACCAUGAAUACACUCGCCCACAACUUCUAUUAUCUUCUUUGCCUCGGUACUAUCCGGCUUCGGCCACCUUAAUCCCACCUCCCCCCGUUCUCAAUAAUCCACCUUGCUCAAUUUCUUCCUUCCGCACAAAUGACACAAUCAAGCUUCACGCCCGCCCUCCUAGCGGGUGCCCUCGCUGGUACUACAGUCGACCUCACCCUCUUUCCUCUUGAUACCCUGAAGACUCGCCUUCAGUCCUCUGCUGGUUUCCUUGCCUCUGGUGGCUUUACUGGAGUAUAUCGAGGAGUCGGUUCUGCCAUAAUUGGCUCCGCGCCCGGAGCUGCAUUGUUCUUCUGUACAUACGAAGCUACAAAGGCUGCAUUUGCGCGGCGACAAGUUGUUUUAGACGCCAACAUACCUGGAGGUCGCGGAAGGGGAAGAGCAAUAGAACAUAUGGUUGCAGCGAGUCUGGGAGAGGUGGCCGCUUGUGCUGUUCGUGUGCCUACGGAGGUGGUCAAGCAAAGGGCACAGGCGGGGCAAUAUUCGAGUUCUUUACUCACGCUCAAGGCAAUCCUGGGACAGCGCAGACAGAUUGGAGUAUUAGGCGUAUGGAUGGAACUCUAUCGCGGUUGGAGUGUUACAAUAAUGCGUGAAGUGCCAUUUACGAUCAUACAAUUCCCUCUUUGGGAAGCCAUGAAGUCAUAUAGGCAGAGGGGAAGUGGAAGGGAUACUGUGAGCGCAAUAGAGAGCGGGAUUAUGGGGAGUCUUGCAGGUGCUGUAGCGGCUGCGGCUACGACUCCGUUGGAUGUGUUGAAGACGAGGAUGAUGUUGGAGAGAAAGAAAAAGCCGAUGAGCGUCUUGUUGAAGGAGAUUAUAGCUACGGGUGGUCCAAAGGCAUUCUUCGCAGGGAUAGGUCCAAGAGUAAUGUGGAUUAGUAUUGGUGGGGCGAUCUUCUUGGGUAGCUACCAAUGGGCAUAUAAUGAGUUGGCCGCAGAAGGCAAGGAGUGAAAAAAGGAAAUUUUAAAGGGUGUAGGUUACCGGUGGGUCAAAUACUGGGAUGGAUGUACUGCAUAUAGACGGCUUGAGGACCAUGUAGAUACCCGUUCUUCUAGGACAUGAUCUCACGAUCGAUAUGAACACAAGUUUUAUGUUGCCACGAAUGCCGGGCCUGGGCAGCAUCUCAAUGUGCGAACCAUUAUGAACAAACAAGCUCCCGGGGAAUAGUACUCUAUAUUUCUUCAAAAGAGUGUACGGAGAUCCCAGCCAUCAUGAAAAAUU